AUGUCAGCCGCCACCCCACCCUCUCGCAGUCGCGCGGUCUCGCCUCCACACCACCCGGCCACACUCCAGGCAGUCGCCGGCCGCCGCCCUAACGCCUCCACGCCGGUCCUGCUGAGUUCGGCCAUGUCAAAUCUUGCUCGUUCCAACUCGUUGUCGGCAGCUCGUGGUAGAGGAAGCCGUGCCUUCUCGAUGCCGCCGGACAAGCAUCUCGGUUUGGGGACCAUGUUGCCAGACCCGCCGGAGCCAGCACCAUCGAUUAAAGACAGCAGCAGCGGAUCCAUUACUGGUAAGGUGAAUGCCGGUGUGUCGUCAGCAUCAUGUUCAGUGGCACAAAAUGAAGACACAGUCCCUCCGAACCAAGAGGCAAAUCAUUUAAGCAAUGAAGAAAUAAUUGCCCUUGACGAUGAGGAUGCUGAGGCUGAGGGAGAGGAGGUUGGUGGGACAACAGGAAAGAGGAAGAAAAGGUGCACAUCUGCUGUGUGGCAAUAUUUUACCAAGAAGACAGUGGUAGUAGAGGUUGACGGCAAGAAGUAUGAGCAACUGUGGGGCUACUGCAACUUCCCAAAGUGCAGCGCUAGGUACAGAGCCGAGUCUGUCAAUGGAACAAAUGCAUUUCAGAGCCAUUUGAGAUCAACCCACAGCAUUGUAAAAGGUCAGUUGCAGCUCAAGACUGAAAGAGACCGUGGAAAAGAUGUAACUUUAGUGCAGGCUUUCAAGUAUGACCUUGAGACUAGUAUAAAAAAAUUCUAUUUGGCAAUAAUUAUGCAUGAAUACCCGUUCAAUAUGGUUGAGCAUGAGUACUUUGUUGAUGCCCUUAAGUCUUUGCGUCCAAACUUUGCCUUCAAGUCAAGGGUCACUGCUAGAAAAGAUAUAAUGGACAUGUAUACAGAAGAAAAAGAUAAGUUGUAUGAUCUCAUGAAAAAAGUGCCAUCUCGCUUUAGUGCAACCAUGGAUGUAUAG